AUGAAUGAACGAAUGAAACCUCGUCUCCUCCGACGGGUAAAGUCGGGGAUGACGGAGCUCAGGUUCCUCAUAAAAGGUCCGAGCCUUUAUCUUCCCUUCCAUUGGAGGAGAGAAAGAACGGCAGCCAUUCGCAACCCGCCUCUCGUAUCGGCUCCGCAGAACGGCCUGGUCUACGUGGAAAACUCGAUCCCGCCUGGGAUCGAGACGGGAGACGGAUCUCACUCUGUCGUCGGGAAUGCCACGGACGCGGGGGACGAUGAGAACGUGGUUUACCUCGACUUCCCCGAUCCCCGACUGUGCUCUCAGCGACCGGGUCACGAGAAGUUUGACGGACAUUACUAUUACUUGAGUUGGCGCGAUCCCACCUUCGAUCACUUCCUCUCCUGGCUCGAAGGAAGAAACUUCUGUCGGCGGAUGUGCAUGGACCUCGUGAGCCUGGAAACGCCAGAGGAAAACCUUUUCGUCACCGGACUCUUCGAAUCCGCUGCGUCGCAGGGAGUCACGAACUCCACCUGGACGUCGGGGUUGGUGUGUAACUUUCCCGGAUGCGAGGCCGAAGAACUUCAGCCGGCGAGGGAGAACGGAUGGUUCUGGUCGGGCAGUGGUGUCCGAAUUUCGGCCAAGGGAUCCCCUACGGGAUUCACAGACUGGAGCACCGUCGGUGGAGCCGGUUCCGGGCAGCCGGACGAUCUCGAGGGAGAAGAGAACUGCAUCGCCCUCUUCGGUCCUACCGUCUACGGAGAUCCGGAUGGCCAUCCCCACUGGCACGACGUCUCCUGCCACACCGACCGAGACGUCGUCUGCGAAGACGAUCCCAAACUCAUCGAAUACGUCAAGACGAACUACGACAUCUCGUUCCAGAGAAAGUGAAUCCGGAUCCGACGCGGGAAACUUCGACCCGUGACUUCCGUCGCGAUUUUAUCGCGUUCCUAUUUAUGUUGACUAUCGACGCACCCGGCUGACAUAUUUUUCGCGUAGCUCGU